GAAAUCGUUGGUUGGUGGUUUGUUCUACUCGACUCACAAUUCACCUGUGUGGAUUGUCGACAGACGCGUCUCGUGUUGUUCAUACUACACAAACUCAGCCACUUAAUAUCUGUGACACCGUCUUCUUUUUUCUGCUUAUCAUCUCAGUUUGUGCACAAUUCGCGAGGUAGAUUAAUUGGCGGGGCGCUUCACACCUUCAUUCAACCUAAUGGCUGCAUAUUUAGCUCCAUUCUCAGUUGCACUGCCAUUUUCAUCUUUCAAUGGAGACAGAACUCCAAGGAUUAGGCUGUUGCGCUGUUUCUCGACUAAAUUUGCUUCCAGUUCUCUGUUUCUCAAUAGCGUUGGAAGGAAGAAGUCACCUUUUGUUUCAUUCAAUUCAAUGUCUAAUAACGGAGGGAAUGUAGAUAUCUCUCAAGAACAAGAAGCCCCUAGAAAAUUUGUUUGGGGUGAUGGCAAGAAGCCAAGGGUGUGCAUACUUGGUGGUGGAUUUGGAGGUCUUUAUACUUCUCUAAGAUUAGAAUCACUUGAAUGGCCUGAUGAUAAAAAGCCCCAGGUGCUUCUGAUUGACCAGUCUGAAAGAUUUGUCUUUAAGCCAAUGUUAUAUGAGCUUCUUAGUGGAGAAGUAGAUUCAUGGGAAAUAGCUCCACGGUUUUCAGAUUUGCUAGCAAAAACUGGUGUGCAAUUUUUACAAGAUAGAGUGAAACUUCUACAUCCAUCUGAUAAUUUGAGAAUGAGCGGGCCUACAAGAUCUACUUAUGGAGGAACUGUCCAUCUUGAAAGUGGGCUCACUAUUGAAUAUGACUGGUUGGUGCUGGCGCUGGGAGCUGAUUCCAAGAGAGAUGUUGUACCGGGUGCUGCAGAAUAUGCCAUACCAUUCUCAACCUUGGAUGAUGCUUGGAAGGUUAAUGAUAAGUUGAAAAUAUUGGAGCGAAAAACUUUCGGAACGAACACUCCUGUUAGUGUUGCUGUUGUAGGAUGUGGUUACUCUGGGGUAGAGUUAGCAGCAACUAUAUCUGAACGAUUGCAAAAUAGGGGAACCGUAAAAGCCAUUAAUGUUGGAAACGAAAUCAUACCAGAUGCUCCGCCUGGCAACAGGCAAGCUGCAGAGAAAGUUCUCUCAUCUAGGAAAGUUCAACUUCUACAAGGUUACUUUGUGAGCUGUAUAAGACAGAAUAAUGACAUCAGAAGUUUAGGGAAGCAGACAGAUAUGGAAGAUAUUGGGAACACAUCAGGAGCUUAUGACCCUGAUAAGCUAAUUCUUGAAUUGAAGCCUACUGAAAAGGGCCAACAAAGUCAACUGUUGGAGGCAGAUUUAGUUCUAUGGACUGUUGGGUCUAGAUCACUACUUCCUCAAUUGGAGCCUUGUGAACCCUAUGAACUUCCACUUAAUGGUAGGGGACAAGUAGAAACUGAGGAAACUCUUCGUGUUAAGGGCCACCCACGCAUUUUCGCAGUUGGAGACUCUUCUGCAACAAGAGACUCGAAAGGAAAAUUGCUUCCGCCCACUGCACAGGUUGCUUUUCAGCAAGCAGAUUUUGCGGGAUGGAAUCUGUGGGCUGCAAUUAAUGAGCGACCUCUAUUACCAUUCAGGUAUCAGAAUUUAGGCGAAAUGAUGGUUUUAGGGAGGAAUGAUGCUGCUCUCUCGCCAACUUUCAUCGAGGGGCUAACUUUUGAAGGUCCUGUAGGUCAUGCUGCAAGGAAGCUAGCAUAUCUGUACAGAUUACCGACUGAUGAGCAUCGGCUUAAGGUUGGAAUCAGCUGGCUCACGAAGUCUGCAGUGGAGUCGGUCGCUUUGCUGCAAGAUGCAGUUACCAAAGUCUUGCAAGGCUCUUAGCUACUUGGUUUCUCAUCACCAACAUAAGUACACUGUUCAUACUUUACAGACUAGCUGGAGGCUGGAUGUGUCUGCUGAUUUUUUUUUUGUUUCACAGUUCGACGUUGGAAACCCCUUGGAUCGGAGGGAGGAAAUGCUGACACUAUUAAGCGCAUGUUAUACGGUCUAUUAUGUUGUAAUGGAAUGCCAGGUCACCUAUUGUGAAUUCCAAUAUUUUCUGAACCUGAUUCUGUAGAUGUAUAUAUUACAUUCUUUAUUCCAUGAAAAAGUUUGUAAAUUCUGAAUCUAAUACAGGGCAAAUACAACUGUCUGCAUCUUA